AUGGCACCGAAAAGGAAGACAGGGAAUGUUGGCCACGAGGGUGACUACAACUUAGUUGAUAAUUUAGCUGGUUUGAUUCAGCAACAGACUCGAAUGCAUGGCGAACAGAUACAUAAAUUGUUCGAUAUGAAACAGCGAACCCAUGAACAAAACCAACAACCUCCUCCUCCACAAGCUAGACACGAUAACUCACUUACCGUGUAUGAGAAGUUUUAUAAAAUGGAACCGGUUGAUUUCUAUGGUGGGUCUGAUCCUAUGGUUGCAGAAGAAUGGGUUAAAUCUCUAGAUGUCAUCUUUGACUACAUGCGUAUCGAAGAUUCCGAGAAAGUACUUUGUGCCAUUUUCCUAUUGAAGAAAGAAGCUAGAACUUGGUGGGAGGGUACAAAACUUGUAGUGGAUAUGGAGAAGUUGACAUGGGAGGCAUUCAAAACAAUCUUUUAUGACAAGUAUUUCACGAGGGAUGUCCGGUCACUCAAAGUUAAAGAGUUCUUAGAAUUGAAGCAGAAUGAAAUGUCCGUAUGUGACUACGUGCGAAAAUUCGUGGAGGGUUGCAAGUAUGUACCUUACAUAGCUAAAGAUAACAAAGAAAAGAUGGAUCACUUCAUGAGAGGCCUCAACCUAGUUAUUAGAAAAGAUGUAAGGAUCUCUUCUCCAAACGAGUUUCGACAAGUGGUGGACAACGCAUUGAUGGCUGACUUUGAUGAGAAGGAAAUUCAGAAAUUUCAUCAACAGAAGAGGCAACUUUUUACUCCAAGUACUCAAUCUCAAUGGAAGAAACCAGAGCAAAAAUCCGGCCAAGUAAAUGACAAGCGCCCUAGAGUUGUACAAAGUUCUACUACAGUUGAAAAGCCCAAGUGUGCCACAUGUGGGAAGAAUAAUUUUGGUGAAUGCUAUAGCGGUUUAAAUCGUCGCUUCAAGUCUAAGAAACCAGGGCAUAUUGCAAGGAAUUGUCGCACCCCACCAGUCAAAGUCCAAGCGAGAGUGUAUGCAAUGACUAAAGAACAAGCUGAUGCAGAUGCAUCAGUUGUCUCGGGUACUAUUUUGAUUUUAGGAACUCCAGCACUUGCAUUAAUAGACUCAGGAUCUACUCAUUCAUUUGCAUCACAUUCAUUGGUGAGGAGAUUGGGCAUUAUACCAGAUACGUUGGAUGUGAUGUACGAUGUGACGACUCCAUCAGGGGAAGAGAUGAAUUCCAACCAAAUGUUGAAACAUUGUUCUAUUCAGAUUAGUGGUAGAACACUUUGUGCAGAUCUUGUUGUUUUACCUCUCGCAAAUUAUGAGACUAUUUUGGGCAUGCAUUGGCUUAUAAAAUAUUAUGCUACCAUUAAUUGUAAUCGGAAGGUUGUCAUCUUCCAGCCACCUGGUGAAGAACAUUUCGAGUUCGGCGGUCAUUCACUUUCAUCUUCAAUACCAUUUAUAGUUGUAUUGAAGGCUCAAAAGAUGAUGAGUAAGGGUUGUGUUGGAUACUUGGCUAAUGUUAUGGACACUUCAGUAGGAACACAAUUGAAACCCCAAGAUGUGGAUGUGGUUGAUCAAUUUCUUGAGGUAUUUUCAGAUGACUUACCAGGACUGCCACCGGAUCGAGAAAUUGAAUUUUUUAUUGAUACGUUGCCCGGAAGAACUCCUAUUUCUAAAGCUCCAUACAGAAUGGCACCAACAGAACUAAAAGAGUUGAAGAUUCAACUACAAGACUUGUUGCAUAAAGGUGUUAUUCGGCCGAGUUAUUCUCCUUGA